GCGGAAGUGUUCUCAUUAAGGGCGGAAAGGAUCUGAGCUAAGAAUAGCUACAGCUCCUGCCCUGUUCCAGUCACUUCCGGGGCGGAUCGGAAGUUGCUUUGUUUUGCUUCAAGAUGGCUGCUGGGAUGUAUUUGGAACAUUAUCUGGACAGUAUUGAAAACCUCCCCUUUGAAUUACAGAGAAACUUUCAACUCAUGCGGGACCUGGACCAAAGAACAGAAGACCUGAAGGCUGAAAUUGACAAGCUGGCCACCGAGUAUAUGAGCAGCGCACGCAGCCUGAGCUCCGAGGAGAAGCUGGCCCUGCUCAGACAGAUCCAGGAGGCCUAUGGCAAGUGCAAGGAAUUUGGUGAUGACAAGGUUCAGCUUGCCAUGCAGACCUAUGAGAUGGUGGACAAGCAUAUCCGACGACUGGACACAGACCUGGCCCGCUUUGAGGCAGACCUGAAGGAGAAGCAGAUCGAGUCGAGUGACUACGACAGUUCUUCUAGCAAAGGCAAAAAGAAAGGCAGGACGCAGAAGGAGAAGAAAGCUGCACGUGCUCGCUCCAAAGGCAAAAAUUCAGAUGAGGAAGCCCCCAAAGCUGCCCAGAAGAAGUUGAAACUCGUGCGCACAAGUCCUGAGUAUGGGAUGCCCUCAGUGACCUUUGGUAGCGUCCACCCCUCAGAUGUGCUGGAUAUGCCUGUGGAUCCCAACGAGCCCACCUAUUGCCUUUGUCACCAGGUCUCCUACGGAGAGAUGAUUGGCUGUGACAACCCUGAUGUGAGAACCCUUUUGCCUCAGGUGUUCCAUCGAGUGGUUCCACUUUGCCUGUGUGGGGCUGACGACCAAGCCCCGGGGGAAAUGGUUCUGUCCACGCUGCUCCCAAGAGCGGAAAAAGAAGUAGAUGAGGGCCUUGGGUUUCCACACAGUUUCUUCACAUCUCCUGACCUGGGCUGGUGGGCAGAGAAGUGUGCUGGUCCAGGGGGACGGGGAGAAGCGGGUGGUACAGUGCUGUCACCCCCUCACCUGGCUGCUCACUCCCCACCCCAGCGCCGAGGCUGUGUCCAAACCCUACAGGGAGGGUGCCAUGGCCACUGAUGGUAUGUGCCCUCGUUCUGGCUGUCCCUUUCGCAGGGACACGAUCUUGCCCGCUGUCCUUGUGCCUCCAUGCUGAGGUUGGUGCUGUAUUUCAGAGGGAAGGUCCUCCCCCUUGCUUUGAAUUUAAGGUUGGGGGCAGUAACACUGGACGCUCCCCUGCCCUAAACUUCCUCCCCCAAGGGGGACUAAAUGUGUGAUAAACUUCCCCACUCACUUCCUGAUUCCCACGGGCAGGGGUCCCCUAGAUCAUCUGGGCUGUGGCCCUAGUUGAAGGGACCCUUGAGGGGAUGUGUCCUGGCCUUGUGAGUGGGAGAAGGGGACGAAAUGAAAUGCAGAUGACUCCCAUGUAAAAGGAGUUUGGUAGGUAAAUAAAAGCUAUCCGUGUUGGCCUGCUGUA